UUGACUUUAUUUAAAUCUGGUCUUAUCUGUAACCUCACAGUCCCCUCUUCAACUCCACUAACUUUUGAGCUAAGCGCCUUUGAACUGGGUCAAUCGCCUCCCAUGCUGUGCGCACUUAUUUACCGUCCUCCACAAUAUAAUAAGGACUUUUUAGAUGAAUUUGCGACGUUUCUAGCUCAAAUCUUCUGUAAAUAUGACCAUCUCCUCCUGCUGGGGGAUUUUAAUAUUCAUGUCUGUUGUCCCGACAGACCUAUGGUGAAGGACUUUUUGGAUCUUGUCGAUUCGUUUGGCCUGUCCCAACUCGUGAAUGGGCCCACGCGUGGCCAUGUUCACACACUGGACCUGGUUCUGUCUCAUGGGCUGAGUAACAGUGACUUGGUUAUUCUCCCUGCUACUUUCUCUGAUCAUUCACCAGUUCUGUUUAACCUGGACGUGGCUUCCACUUCUCGUACUGACCAUGUCCACACUCGUCUCUCUCGAGUUAUUACUCCCUCUACUGCUGGAGAUUUUGUAAAUGUUUUUGCUCUGAUAUCAGCCCCCUGUGAUUUUACUGUUGUUGAUAGUUAUUUGCAUCUUCUUAAUUCAUCCUGUCUAGCUGCUAUGGAUUCUGUAGCUCCAUUAAAAUCCAGGCUGACCAAGAUUAAGCCUGACCCUUGGCUGAACGAGCGCACUCGUUCAAUUAGGCAAAACUGCAGAAGACUGGAGCGUAAAUGGAGU